AUGGAUGCAGAAAAGCGUUCAACACCUAAGAAGCGAAACAUAUUCUUUCAAUCGGAAUUAAAAUUAUCUAUCUAUCUAUCUAUCUAUCUAUCUAUCUAUCUAUCUAUCUAUCUAUCUAUCUAUCAGUGUCUUUUGACAUAUCUAUCUAGGUUUUUUGAUCUAUCUAUCUAUCUAUCUAUCUAUCUAUCUAUCUAUCUAUCUAUCAAUAUCUAUCUAUCUAUCUAUCUAUCUAUCUAUCUAUCUAUGUCUUUAGACAGAUCUAUCUAUCUAUCUAUCUAUCUAUCUAUCUAUCUAUCUAUCUAUCUAUCUAUCUAUCUAACCGAAAACUUACAUCAUCAUAUCUAUCUAUCUAUCUAUCUAUCUAUCUAUCUAGCUAUCUAUCUAUCUGUUGUGUUUCAACACUAUCUAUCUAUCUAUCUAUCUAUCUAUCUAUCUCUUUUGACAGAUCUAUCUAUCUAUCUAUCUAUCUAUCUAUCUAUCUAUCUAUCUAUCUAUCUUAUACGUCGGAAUUCUCUUUCUAUAUCACUUCAUAGUUAUUUUAUUCAUAUCUAUCUAUCUAUCUAUCUAUCUAUCUAUCUAUCUAUCUAUGUCUUUUGGCAGAUCUAUCUAGGUAUCUAUGUCUUUAGACAGAUCUAUCUAUCAAUCUGUCUAUCCAUCUAUCUAUCUAUCUAUAUCUAUCUAUCUAUCUAUCUAUCUAUCUAUCUAUCUAUAUCUAUCUAUCUAUCUAUCUAUCUAUCUAUCUAUCGAUGCCGUUUGGCAGAUCUAUCUAUGUAUCUAUGUCUUUUGACAGAUCUAUCUAUCUAUCUAUCUAUAUCUAUCUAUCUAUCUAUCUAUCUAUCUAUCGAUGUCAUCUAUCUAUCUAUCUAUCUAUCUAUCUAUCUAUCUAUCUAUCUAUGUCUUUUGGUAGAUCUAUCUAGGUAUCUAUGUCUUUUGACAGAUCUAUCUAUCUAUCUAUCUAUCUAUCUAUCUAUCUAUCUAUCGAUGUCGUUUGGCAGAUCUAUCUAUGUAUCUAUGUCUUUUGACAGAUCUAUCUAUCUAUCUAUCUAUCUAUCUAUCUAUCUAUCUAUCUAUCUAUGUCGUUUGGCAGAUCUAUCUAUGUAUCUAUGUCUUUUGAGAGAUCUAUCUAUCUAUCUAUGUCUUUUGGCAGAUCUAUCUAGGUAUCUAUGUCUUUUGACAGAUCUAUCUAUCUAUCUAUCUAUCGAUGUCAUCUAUCUAUCUAUCUAUCUAUCUAUCUAUCUAUCUAUCUAUCUAUCUAUGUCUUUUGGCAGAUCUAACUAUUUAUCUAUGUCUUUUGACAGAUCUAUCUAUCUAUCUAUCUAUCUAUCUAUGUCUUUUGGCAGAUCUAUCUAUGUAUCUAUGACUUUUGACAGAUCUAUCUAUCUAUCUAUCUAUCUAUCUAUCUAUCUAUCUAUCUAUCUAUGUCUUUUGGCAGAUCUAUCUAGGUAUCUAUGUCUUUUGACAGAUCUAUCUAUCUAUCUAUCUAUCUAUCUAUGUCUUUUGGCAGAUCUAUCUAGGUAUCUAUGUCUUUUGACAGAUCUAUCUAUCUAUCUAUCGAUGUCGUUUGGCAGAUCUAUCUAUGUAUCUAUGUCUUUUGUCAGAUCUAUCUAUCUAUCUAUGUCUUUUGGCAGAUCUACCUAUUUAUCUAUGUCUUUUAACAGAUCUAUCUAUCUAUCUAUCUAUCUAUCUAUGUCGUUUGGCAGAUCUAUCUAUGUAUCUAUGUCUUUUGACAGAUCUAUCUAUCUAUCUAUCUAUUUAUCUAUCUCUAUCUAUCUAUCUAUCUAUCUAUCUAUGUGUUUUGGCAGAUCUAUCUAUCUAUCUAUCUAUCUAUCUAUCUAUCUAUGUCUUUUGACAGAUCUAUCUAUCUAUCUAUCUAUCUAUCUAUCUAUCUAUCUAUCUAUCUCUUUUUGGCAGAUCUAUCUAUCCAUCUAUCUAUCUAUCUAUCUAUCUACAAUCAGUUGUUAA